ACCUAUCGCUGUCCUCGUUUUGCAGCAAUCCCUUCUUUAUAUCCUGACAUCCACCAACGACAUGAUCCCUAUCACGAUAGUGUUGCUCACCACAACGGCCUUCCUUGGGACCACGCUUGCUCUUGAUGCAUGUCCCAAUGGCGAGAGGAUCUAUACUGGUGCGAGUGGCAUGAGCUACAAACUAUGCCCCAACUCUGAUUUUCUGGGAGAAACUGUUCAAAUCCGAGGCAAUGUUAACUCGCUGGAAGAAUGCGCUGCUAUGUGCGAUGAGAAUAAGAAUUGUUAUAGGGGGGUUUAUGACCAUGACUAUCGUUAUUGCCACAUCAAAGGUCAGGGUGAUAUGCGUUGGGAGCCGAGUCAGCAGUUUGACGUUAUUCAACAAAACUUCCGGGACAUUGCUCGCUGCCCAGGCCAAGAGACGUCUUACUCCAGUAAUGAUAAAAACUACAAGAUCUGUCGCUCUUCAGAUCUCCGGGGUGGUACUCUUCAAAUUCAAUGGAAUGUCAACUCAUUGAAUGACUGUGCUGACCGUUGCGCUCGGGAUGGCGCAUGUGUCCAUGCUUUGUGGGACGAAACUUAUAAAGCCUGCCAUUUCAAGGGUAGUCAGGAAACAGAUACGAUCAUCUGGUCAUUGAACAAACAAUUCGAUACCAUUCGCCUCGAUCUCAAGUUUCCUCGAGCUACCAAUGGCGAAUGGUCUGAUCUAGUGUGGCUCCCUCUGAUUCCUGUUGCUGGCUACGUGGUUCCUGAAUUCCCUUCUUCAUCACGAUUACUCGUGUUCAGCGCAUACAAGCCUUUUGAGUUUUCCGGUCCUUUGAAGCAGACUGUAUUCGGAGAUUACAACUUCAAUACUGGCCAGACGUCUUUAAAAACUGUUGCUAACACCCAGCACGACAUGUUCUGUCCUGGAAUCAGUAGUCUCCAAGAUGGCCGAAUCCUGAUUCAGGGAGGUGCAGACGCAGCUGUAACGAGCUUUUACAAUCCGUCGACUAAUGAGUUUACUCGUGGUCCUGAUCUUAAGAAGGCUAGAGGUUAUCAGUCUUCUGUUACAACCUCUGAAAACAAAAUCUUUACUAUCGGAGGAGCAUGGAGCGGUGCCCUUGAAGGAAAGGAUGGUGAGGUUUAUGAUCCAAAGAGCAACAAUUGGACGCCGCUUCCUGGUGCUAAAGUCGGACCCAUGUUGACUCAGGACAAUGCUGGCAUCUGGAGAGAGGACAACCACGCUUGGCUGUUCGCAUGGCGAAAUGGCUCAGUCUUUCAAGCCGGGCCUAGCAAGGCUCAGAACUGGUACGACACCGCAGGCCAAGGCAGGCAAGUCGGCGCAGGCAUCCGAGAUGACAACCACGCAAUGUGCGGCAUCUUUGCCAUGUAUGAGCCCGGUAAGAUUUUCAGUUCUGGUGGCUCAACGUCCUACUCCGACGUCGCGUCCCUUACUCGUGCGCAUAUCACUACCAUCGACAAGCCAUAUCAGUCCGCCAAGGUCGAGCGCAUGCCUGACAUGGCCUUUCCUCGUGGCUAUGCCAAUGCCGUCGUGCUUCCAGAUGGCACGAUCUUCAUUACCGGUGGCCAGCGGUGGGUUAAGGGAUUCCAAGACACCGACUCAGUAGUUUAUCCCGAGUUGUUCAACCCCUACACCAAACAGUGGCGGACUCUGGCCCCAGAAGCUAUUCCCCGGAACUACCACUCCAUCAGCAUUCUGCUCGCUGACGGCCGUGUCUUCAGCGGGGGCGGUGGUCUCUGCUGGACUGGCGGAAAUUGCGAUCCACAUGCCGAUCAUCCCAAUGGGCAGAUAUUCUCGCCACCCUAUCUCUUUAAUUCUGAUGGUUCGGUCGCCACCCGCCCUGUCAUCUCGAGUGUGAGUUCCCAGUCUAUCAAGGUCGGCGGCUCGUGUACGAUCAACAUGUCAGCAACAGCACGGAAUCUCAAAUUCGUGCUUGUGCGCAUGGGUAGCGUAACGCAUUCAGUCAACACUGAUCAAAGACGUAUUCCCUUGACAAAUGUUUCUGGAAGCGGCGCUCGCUACACAGUACGCCUACCAAAUGACAGUGGUGUACUUAUCCCCGGAAUGUAUUACUUAUUUGUCUCGUCCGCGAAUGGUACGCCGAGUCUGGCGAGGACGAUACAGAUAACAUUAUAAAGCAGGAGAUCUGAGAGCUUGAUGGCAUGUUGCUGUGGCAUCGAUGCACGGUGUUACCAGUUGCUGGUAGCCAUGUACGAGUUACGGUCGGAUGGUUGUACCAUCCUGUACUGCAGUCCAGCCAGUUCAGCACGAUCCUGAUUAAUACGACAAGUUCUUCCACAUGACAGGUUUUCAAGCCCUGCAUGCUUAUUGGCUACAAUCCACACAAGGCCUGAAAUAGCACGAUAUCCAUUCUAGGACAUGACGUCGGGUGGUAUCUAGGUUAGCAUUUCUACUCUGUUGGCGGUUGUAUUUAGUUUCUUAUAGAGAGAGACGAAAACCAUAAGUGCAGGUGAAUUCAAAGAGUUGUAGCGCUGAUUGAGUCACUUGUAAGAGCGGUCGAUGCUCUACUCCAGUUUAAAGCAUUCCACAUACUUCAUUUUGACCCACAGAUAAUCCAUAAUAAAUUGUUCUAUGAAGCAGCUUCCUCGGUGACCU